AUGGGCAAUUCCUAUGCCCACCAUAAAUUCAUCGCAUUGAUUCUUCGUGCAAUUGUUCGACCAAGGCUACAUAUUCAUCCCAACCCAGACGAGACGGUCGGUAUUCCAGCGCGAGACCCUGGUCGCUCGAUCAGAGUUCACAUCUACAAAUCGGCCAAUCAACACCAAGCUAGUCCUGUGCUAGUAAACUUUUGUGGCAGUGGCUUCGUACUCCGGACCUUUGGAUCUGAUGAUGAAUAUUGUCGCUACAUUGCAGAUCGAACCAAUUAUACUGUAAUUGACGUUCAAUAUCGCCUCGCACCAGAACAUCCUUUCCCAGCUGCCUUUCAUGACGCCGAAGAUGUUGUAAAAUGGGUCCGAUCUCAACCAGACCAAUUUGACUCUUCAUGUGUCUGCCUCUCUGGAUUCAGUGCAGGUGCAAAUAUUGCUCUUGGGGUAUCUUCAUCAUCUGAAAUCUUCGAAAAUGAAGAUUUGGACGUGAUUCAUACUGUCAUUUCUCUCUACGGCCCGACAGAUAUGGCCUUACCGACCCCCCAGAAAACUCAGGCUGAUUCAUCAAACUUUAUCAUGCGAAAAAUAUUUCCUACUUUUUCUCACUUGUGUCAUAAGUGUCUUAAUCCAGGAGUGGUGGAUCCGCACGAUCCACGACUUUCACCGCUGCUUGCUGAUCCUAGCAAAUUCCCACAAAAUGUUCUGAUCAUUACUGCCGCACAGGAUCCAUUCGCCAUAGAAGCAGAGGAGCUGGCCAAGAAAAUUCAACGCAUAGACGGGAAGAACUCUUUUUAUAAGAGAAUGGUUGGAUGUGCUCACGGGUGGGAUAAAGAAGCUGUUAGAGGAACUUCACAGUGCAAAGCUAAAGAUGAGGCUUACGCAUUGGCUGUCGAUAUGCUACAAAGAGGAAGGAUAGAUAAACUCGAUCAUAGAUUUUGA